GUCCUUCGACCACCAUGUGCCUCCGUCCAGACCGUCGUCCGUAUCCGCGCCGCCGAUGUGCAACACAGCGAGCAACCCGCACUCGACCCGCGCGCCGCGACGACUCGCGAGCGCCGAGCGGGGCCGCCGGGGCGUGACCUGUGUGUGUGACUGUUUGCCCUUGCCAGGCUCGCCGCUCGAGCAUUCCCCUCCAGACGCUUUCUCCACUCCCCGCCCCCCGCUUUCCGCCCCUCACAGCCCGCUUUUCUCGCUCGGCAUCGUGUUUCCCGGCAUUCGUCAGCACGACGCCCCUUGUCGACCGCCGCCCUCCGCCCCAUCGCCCCGCCAUCCACGCCUCGUUUCUCCCGGUCCUCCCGCACGCCCCUCCUUUUCAACACUGUUCGUAGGAUAACGUGAUCGUAGUAGGGUUCGCGCAGGUUAUCCUCGACACGACGCGCGCAAACAUUCAUUGGCGCAUGCUUAGAUCUCGCACAUAAUAUCCAGAUCAUAGGCACACGAGACAAGCCAUGAACACGCCUCAAGGGGACAUGCCGCAAGGCAUCAACCCCGCUUUCCUCGCUGGAGGUUUCGGCGGGAACUCGACACCUCAACCUGGCCUCUCCCCGCAGCAAAUACAACAAAUGCACGCCAUGCGUUCGAUGGGCGGUGGCGGACAGGGCGGCGGAGGCAUGGGCAUGAACCCGGCCAUGUUCCAGCAGGGCGGUGGAGGUAGCGGGAUGAAUCCUGCCGCGCUGAUGAACGGCAUGGGCGGAAUGGGUGGCAUGAACGGUAUGAACAACGGCCGGAUGGCGCAGUACCAGCAAAUGCAGGCCCAGGCCCAGGCUCAGCGGAUGGGCAUGAACAUGAACAUGGGCGGAGGCGGGAUGAACAUGAACAAUGGCGGGAUGGGCAUGGGUGGAGGUGGAGGCAGCGGGAUGGGUAUGGGUAUGAGUCCCGCCCAGCUCAUGCAGCAGCAACAGAUGAUGGGCGGUGGCGGAGGUAUGAACGGUAUGGGCGGGAUCAACCCUUCGACGCUAGGAAGCAGCGGGAUGAACAUGAUGGGCGGGAUGGGUAACAUGAGCAACAUGGGUAUGGGCGGAAUGAACGGUAUGAACGGUAUGAAUAUAGGCAUGGGCGCGUCGUCGUUGACCUCUCCUACGGGUGGUUCUGCCGCGCUCCCGAACGUCUCCGGCAUGUCGCAUGGCUCGCCUCCUGCCACGCCGUCCACCCCGAACCUCGGGAUGCAAUCGAACCAAGGCGGGUUUCCGACAGCGGCACAGAUGCAGCAGCUCUCGCAGAUGAACCCAAUGAACCCGCAAGUGAAAGCGAUGCAGAUGCAACGUGCGGCGAUGAUGGCACAGAUGGGUGGCGGCGGUGGGGGAAUGCAGGGGAUGAACAUUGGCGGGAUGUCUAUGGCGCAGGUCUCGCAGAUGCAAAUGCUCCAGCAACAGCAACUUGAGCAGCAGCGACAGCAGCAGAACCAAGCUCAGAUGCAGCAACGCCCACCAUCAUCCGCUUCGUUCAGCGCGCACGCCCAUCGCCUUUCGCAGGGCCAGCUGCAGACCUCUCCGACAUCGACACCGGGCCCCGGGAGUCAGAACCAAGGUGCACACUCACCUCAGGCGUUGCAACCUCAGCUCACCGGAGGCUCCGGGAUGAUGCCCCCUCCGUCUUCCAUACCUCCUCGUCCAAGCACUGCGUCGUCGCUUCACGGACAUGGCAUGCACCCACACAUGCAGCAACAGCAGCAACAGCAACAGCACGGUUCACAACAGCACGGGGGGCAGUACCCAAAUCCAAGUCCACGACCAGGCACCGCGACAGGCUCUCGCCCGGGCACCGCACAGAGCCAGGGCCCGCGGUCUUCGACCCCUAGCGGAGGCCGACCACAGACCCCCAGCCAAGCAAGUCCGCGCGCUCCCGUCGCGCCACUCCCCAUGCCGCACGGUAGUGUCCCACAGAGUCCAGCGGUUACACCCCAGCGUCCCGGCACAGGUCAGUCGAUGCACGGAGGCGAUGGGCAAGGUCAAGGUCAUCCGCAGAAGGUACCUAGUCGUCCACCCACUGCGACCGGUCACGGCCCGCCUCAGACCCCGCGCCAACAGCCACAGCAGCUCCAGCAGCCUCACGCCCAGCAACAGCAGCAGCCGAAGACGUCUCCCUCUGCGCAACAGUCCGGCUUCACACCUAUCGCGCCCGCGCCUGUAUCCGCCGGUGGGGCUCAAACACCUGGUUCGCCUCACAUCGGUACGAAACGCAAGGCCUCCGCAACUCCGGCGCCUGGUGCCCCUCCUGCCAAGGCGAGCACCCCCGCACCCUCUGGACCGCCGGCGAGCAUCCCGACGCCGGCCCAAAUGUCACGCACGACGAGCGGUACCGGCAUCUCAGGCAUGGGUAUCAGUGGGAACGUUGGUCCUGCGCCCGGUCCUUCACAGUCUCAGCCGUCAACCGCCUCCGGUUCACUCAUGGGCGGCGCAGGUGGUGGGCUGAUGCCGCCGCCUGUUGUGCCUCGCGGACCACCGGGUCCUGGGCAGGUCGCGGCCAGCGGGUCGAAUUCUGCGCUCAACAUCAUUUCGGGCAUGGGCAUGGCGCCUGCGCCGCUCGGGGCUGUCACAGGCGGCGGUCCGCUUGGCUUAACAUCCCCGACGAGCAUGAACGCGGCGGCGAACAUGGGCAACCUUGCACUGUUGGAGGGUAAUCCGCCGAUUCCGGUCCCGCAGACCCCUUCGCGUCAGCCGUCACUCCCCCCUACAUCCCUCACGUCACCGGGUGUCGCUGGCCCAAGUGGUGUAGUCCCCGCCAAAGCAGUGCCUGGCAUCGCGAACGGGAAGGCUACCGCUUCACCGGCACCGCAGCCGACACCGGUCACCAAGAUUAUCCCGCAACUUCCGCCCCUGCCGGCAACGGUCAAGCUGGAUCCGAAGGUGACUCGAGUGUCGGUCGUACCGCUCGUGGACUCGGAGACCAUGAUUCCGCCCCUGGCGGAAGACGAGAUUCAACAUGUACAAGAAUGGAUGAAGGCCGACAAGGAAUACGAGGCUCGGUAUAAGAAGAUGCGCGAGCGGAUGACGGAAGAGCUGAAGACGACUGUGAGCGCGCCGCGUGCGUGGUGGGAGCGGGACUUCAAUGCCAGUCCGGAAGAGCGCAGGCGGCGCGCGGACAAGUUCGUGCUGACGGGACUGAAGUCGUCGAAGGAGCGCGAGAUCAGGGACAAGAGGCGGGUGGGAAGGCGGGAAGGACUGAGAGUCCCGAGACGGGUCCCCGACGAAGAGGCCAACCGGCCCGAGCAACUUGUGCCGAUACGGUUGGAGUUUGACGUCGAGCAUCAUAAGAUGCGAGAUACCUUCGUGUGGAACCUGAAUGACCCCCUCAUCACACCAGAGGUCUUUGCUCAGUCCGUGGUGGAGGACUAUGCCCUAGCCCCAAGUUAUCACGCCGUCAUCACCAAGUCGAUUCAGGAGCAGCUAAGCGACUACAAGGCGCACUCUACCACGUUUGGUGAAGACGGUGGUAUGAUCGAAGAGGAGGAAGAGAUCUUGCGAGGCAAUAUCGCCGAGGACGAGGAGGUGUGGUGGGAGGGAUGGCGGAAGCGCGUGCGGUCAAAGGCGCUGUAUAAGAUGGCUGCGCCUCCCGACACCCGCAGCCGCAAACGUAGGAAGAUCGUGAAAGAUGAAGCCUCUGAGCGCCCAGACGCUCUCAGCGGGCCAUCCGGUGAUGCGCCGAUGGCGGUGGACGACUUUGAAGAGGACGAGAGUCUCAUGCACGAGGAGAUGCGCAUCUUGGUGAAGGUGGACAUCAUCGUCGGCUCCGUCAAGCUCGAAGAUCAGUUCGAGUGGGAUCUGGAGAACUCCGAUCCUACCCCUGAGCAGUUUGCGGAGAUCUACUGCAAGGAUCUCGGGCUCGGUGGGGAGUUCAAAACCGCGAUUGCGCAUUCCAUCCGAGAGCAGGUGCAGAUAUACCAGAAGUCGCUCUUCUUGGUCGGCCAUCCGUCGGACGGCUCUGCUGUACAAGACGACGACCUCCGGAUGUCUCUCCUCCCGUCCCUGGUUUCUGGUGCGCGCUCGAUGGAGCAGGUCGAGGCCUUCACGCCGAUCCUGCAGUAUCUCAGCGAAAGCGAGAUCGAGAAGAACGAGAAGGACCGUGAGAAGGAGCUCGCUCGCCGCAAGAGGAAGACGACACGUGGACGCAGAGGCGUCGCGCUGCCUGACCGCGAACCCCCCAAGACGUUCCGCACUCCCGCCAUCGGCUUCCCAGAAGUGUCUCCAGCUGCCCUCGCGCUCGCGGCCGCGGCGGCUGCACCAACGUCGAGGCGUGCCGCGGCUGCUGCCGCAUCGCUGACCAUUGCGAACAUGGUCGCGUCCGAGAACGGCACCACUAUCCUCCCUCAGAUGCCCUCCGCGCCGCUCACACCCAUCGCUCCCACUCCCUCCACCAAAGAGAAGAAGCCGAAGGGGCUGUUCAAACCCCCCUCAUACCCAGCCUCCGUACUUCGUCCGCGUGCGAACAUCAAGGCCCCGACACCUUCCACUGCCGCCGACAUCUCCACUCUUCCGCCACCUCUCGAGAACGAUCUUCCCGCUCCAAGUAGUAGCGGCAUCGACAGACAAGGGUCGAAGGUCGUCCUCACUGCGAAACGCGCGAAGGAACUCGAGAGGGAAGCGAAGGAGAAGGAGUACGCUGAUGGGCAGCAUGCCAACAUGAUCGAUGGCGUAUGGCAUUGCUCCAAUUGUGGUUGUCCCGAGAGCAUUGCCGUCGGCCGCAGGAAGGGUCCGUUGGGCGACAAGUCGCAGUGUGGUACUUGUGGCAAGUACUGGCAUCGCCAUCGUCGGCCACGUCCUGUCCAGUACAACUCCAGCGCCGAUCACCACCUCGGGAUCAUUAGGGCGGAGGAGCAGGCGAAGUCGAACUCCAAGAGGAAGCGUCCGCAGUCUACUAUCGCGGAUGAGCCUAAGUCCCAGCCGAUGGACGAGGACGCUGAGAUGGAGACUCCGGGCCCCUCUAAGCCUAAGUUCGAGCCGGAGCCUCCGUCUAUCCCUCAGGAACGGCCAUCUGUCGUUCCUGACGGAAUCGACAGAGCGGUGUCGCCUGUCUCUACUGCGUCGAGCGCAUCGGAAUCGCCGCUGGCCCAGCGAGUCAAGAUGAAUGGCGGCGCGCAUUCCAGAUCUGCUCCUCCGGCGCCUCCAGAGUCAGAGGCGCCCGCCCGGUCCGUGUCCAGCGACGCCCAAACCCGAGUGAUCUCCCCACCACAAGCCUCUCCCCCACGCGCAGCGCCGUCUGCGCCCCCCGCUCAAAAUCCACCGCUCUCCACCCCACAGUGGCUGGCGGACUGCCUGUCGGCGAUGCAGGCCAGGUACCCUGACGACAUCUUCGAGGCCGUCAUUCGCAAGAACGCGACGAGCGGCGUGUACGAGUUCCGCAUCAAGUGCACCGACUGCCCGGGCAAGCACUAUACCCCCGGACCGGGCGAGUCGCUCCAGAACUUCGAGGUCCACCUGAAAAACCGCCAGCAUCGCCAGAAAGUGAACGCACGACUGAACCCCCCUGCCGAGUCGUAG